CCAUCUUUCUAUAUAUUGAGUGAUCGAUUAUUAUUCUUAUUAUUAUUCAAUUUCGAUUUGUAACAUACAGUUGAUGAAAUCGGCGUAAAAUCUGAUUAGGGUUUUUGAGUUUAACGGUUCUGAUUGAGAUGAUCAUGCUGGUUGCGGUCAAGCCCUAAUUUUUUUUUAGGUUAUGGGUUCGAGAUUAGUCGUCUCGAGACGACAUCUACCGGGAUACAGAUGUUUGAUCAUCUUAAUGCUUAUACCAAUUUGUUUAACCACAAUCUUUAACCACUAUGAGAAGAUCACAUACUUCCUGAGGCCCAUUUGGGACACACCGCCGCGCCCGUUAACGUAUCUACCGCAUUAUUACGCUGAAAACACUUCGAUGGGGAAGUUAUGUCGUCUCCAUGGAUGGAAAUUAAGGAAGGAAGCGCGUAGAGUGUUCGAUGCUAUCAUAUUCAGCAAUGAGCUUGACCUUUUGGAAGUUAGAUGGGGUGAACUUGAUCCUUAUGUCACCAAAUUCAUUAUUCUUGAAUCGAAUGCAACGUUUACGGGCCUCCCGAAAGCUCUCACCUUUGCGUCUAAUCGUGGGCGGUUUUCACGCUUUGAGGAGAAGAUUGUUUAUGGGUUUCUUCCUGGUAAGUUGGCGUCUAAAGGGCAACGUGUAAGCCCGUUUUCUGUAGAGGCGCAUCAUCGCAUUUCCAUGAACACGUUGAUUCGUAGUUCGGGGAUUUCUGACGGUGAUCUACUCAUUGUAGCGGAUGCUGACGAGAUUCCAAGUCGAAAUACUAUUAAGUUGCUUCAAUGGUGUGACGGUUUGCCGCCUGUGUUGCAUCUUGAUAUGAAAAAGUAUCUGUAUUCGUUCGAGUUCCCAACGGACCCCACAUGGAAAGCUACGAGUCAUGUGUACAAUCAGCAUACUCUAUAUAAGCAUUCACGCCAAACGGAUCUUGUUCUUUCGGAUACAGGAUGGCAUUGCAGCUUCUGCUUUAAGUAUUUGAGUGAGUUUGUAACAAAAAUGACAGCAUACAGCCAUGCAGACCGUGUGAAAAGCAAACAACAUUUGGAUCAUUCGAGAAUCCAAGAAAAGAUUUGUAAUGGAGAUGAUCUUUACGAUAUGUUACCCGAAGAAUAUACUUUCAAGAAUUUGAUCGGGAAGAUGGGUUCAAUACCUCAUACCGCUUCAGCAGUUCAUCUUCCAACAUACUUGAUAAAAAAUGCAGAAAAGUUUAGAUUUCUUCUUCCGGGUGGUUGUUUACGCCCACCCGGUUAAAAUGUUUCUUGUUAAAAUGUCAUCUUUGAUGAAGAUAAGCAUCAAUGAUAGACAUUUAUAUGAAUACCAAAUAUUUAAAGUUACUAUCUAGUGAAUCUUUUAGAUUUCUUAAUGAAUAGAAACUUCUUGUUAGUAA